AUGGCGACUUCUUUCUUUGGUGGCAAGAAUAUCGUUGUCAUAGGCAGUGCCAGGGGAAUAGGCUUCGAGCUUGUCAGACAGCUGUCUGAACAAGGCUCUCAAUACAUAUUGGCUAUCGAUCGAUAUGAGUCAGAAGACAUCUCAAAGCUAGUCGCCUCAGUCGACAACGUGAAAUUCGCUUUAGCUGACGUGAGAGACAAUGAGGCUUUGAAGGUACGUUUCUUUUCAGAUAAGUCCACUGAUAAGAAGAAUGCUGCAGGUCACAUCUAUUUGGUCGAUUGUCUGCUGUGCGUAUCGGGCGUACUAGGAUCACCUUCGCCCCUUCUAAAUCGUCCGUCUUCAGAGCCCAACCCUUCGGAAGAUAUCCUGAAUGUUUUCGCAAUCAACGUCCUUGGAACAUUCAAUGGGAUCUACGCUUUUCAGUCCAAAAUGCCAUCUGGAGGAAAGAUCAUGCUGAUGAGUAGCACCAUGGCAAGCUUGGAAACAGCGACACAUUCGCUUAAUCCGGCUUACAGUAUCGCCAAAGCUGGUGUGAACAUGCUUGGACGAAAACUAGCAGUAGAGCUCAAAGAUCGGGAUAUAGACGUGAUCCUGAUGAGUCCUGGAGUGGUGCGGACAGAAAUGAACAAUGGGCAAGGUGACAUCUCUACCCAGCAAAGUGUUGAAGGUAUCUUGCGGGAGCUUACACGGUCAGGCACUAGUGGAACAUUCUUAAGAUAUGAUGGGCAAGGAUGGCCAUGGUAA